CACUGAGGAGAAAAGCAUCUCAUUUUCUACAAACCUGCAGACAGACUCAGAGCAUCUGAACUCUCAUUCACUCGUCCGGCUGCAGUGGAGCUGGAUCACUGCGAGAACAUCUCAUCUGUUCAUACAGCGAGAAACACCUGCGCGAACUAUGUGAAGGUUUCCUUUAGAGCAUCUCUGACCAUGCUGUUCCCUGCCUCAAAGUCCGAUGUUAAAUCUGUUCUGGAUGGAGUGGCGGAAACCACGUUCAGAACCAUCACUUCUGGACUGCAGUACAUUGGUUCUAACGACAUCAGCUACGAUGACCACAUCAUCGACGGCGACUUCACCAAAAGCGGAUACCCACUGCCGAAGCCAUUUGCAGCCUACCGCAGAAGCCCUUUCGCAGAUAAAGUGGGACCAGAUGAGGAACUCAUCGUGAAAGGUAUCCCCUUUUAUCCCACCAACAGCUCUGAUGUGUUCGGGAACUGGAGCCUGGGAGAAGAUGGGAGUAGCCUGCAGUGUGGGGAGAACUUUAUGGACAUGGAAUGUUUCAUGAUACUGACUCCUAGUCAACAGCUCGCCAUAGCAGUGUUGUCCCUCACGCUGGGGACUUUUACGGUGUUGGAGAACCUCGUGGUCUUGUGUGUGAUAUUGCAGUCACGUACCCUGCGCUGCAGGCCCUCUUACCAUUUCAUCGGUAGCUUGGCCAUCGCAGACCUGCUUGGCAGCGUGAUCUUUGUCUACAGCUUCUUGGACUUUCACGUCUUUCACCGAAAAGACAGUCCAAACAUUUUCCUGUUUAAGUUGGGGGGCGUGACGGCCUCGUUCACUGCUUCUGUGGGAAGCCUGUUCCUCACUGCCAUCGAUCGAUACAUUUCUAUCCACCGUCCGUUGGCGUACAGGCGAAUUGUGACGCGCACCAAAGCGGUGAUCGCCUUCUGCGUGAUGUGGGUGAUCUCCAUUAUCAUUGCCGUGCUGCCGCUGCUGGGCUGGAACUGCAAGCGGCUCAACUCGGUUUGCUCUGACAUCUUUCCACUAAUCGACGAGAACUACCUGAUGUUCUGGAUCGGUGUGACGAGCGUUCUGGUCAUAUUCAUUAUCUACGCUUACAUGUACAUCCUCUGGAAGGCCCACCACCACGCGGUGAGGAUGAUGAGGCGCACGUCACAGAAGAGCCUGGUCAUCCACUCUUCCGACGGUACGAAGGUCCAGACCCCCAGGCCGGAUCAGGCUCGCAUGGACAUCCGCUUGGCCAAAACCCUUGUUCUGAUCCUGGUGGUGUUGGUGAUCUGUUGGGGGCCUCUUCUGGCCAUCAUGGUGUAUGAUCUGUUCUGGCGGAUGGAUGACAACAUUAAGACAAUAUUUGCGUUCUGUAGUAUGCUCUGUCUGCUCAACUCUACCGUCAACCCAAUAAUCUACGCCCUCAGGAGUAAAGACCUGCGGAGGGCCUUCCUCACCACCUGCCAGUGCUGCAGGAGUACCUCCAGCACGUCCCUGCAGCUAGACAACAGCCUGGAAUCAGAUUGUCAGAGGAAUCAACACAUCGCCGCCAACCGUGCUGCCGAGAGCUGCGUGAAGACCACUGUGAAAAUAGCCAAAUUGACAAUGUCCGUCUCAGCAGAGACGUCGGCUGAAGCGGUUUGAUUGUACGUACGGCUCUGAUGCACCACGUCUUAACGAAAGAAUGUUUGUGUACUUGCCAGUCAUGGAAAGUUACAUGCAUAAAGUUCAAAACACAAAGCUGCUUAAGUUACCACUGGUAUGAUGAAGUGUUGACUAUGACAUUUCAUUGUUUAAGUGCCAUUUUUUUUCCCCACUCAAAAAUAAGAGGUUCUCACCAAGUCUGUUCAGUAUUUUUUGUUGUUGUUUGCCCUUAUAUUUAAAUGUAGUAUGCGUGGAUGUUGUGUGUGCUUUAUGAAAGUUUACUAUAUUUUUAUACUUUGAUUUUUUGGUUUUUGAGCAAUGAUAUCUUCUCACAUGGGAAUAAGGGGCUAAUGAUCUUUUUAAAAUGAAACCGUGUAAGAAUGAAUUCAAAUAUUUGUGUGUGUGUGUUUGUGUGUAUAACUAAUAAAACCUUAUUGUAAAGUGUUACCAUAUAUAUAUAUAUAUAUAUAUAUAUGCUAAUGUAAAUAUGUUGUAUAGCUCUGUGGUGAUUACUGUAUCCAACAUCCUUGUGAUGAGCGAUAAAAGAUAAAAGUCUCUCUGUUUUUGAGAUGUCUUGUUUUGGCAAUGAAAUAAAUGGAAAUAAAAGUAUUAUAAGAGAGGAGCGAAUUUUGUUGCUCCUCAAGUACAUGAAUAAUGAAAGCAAGAAACGUGAGGACAUUUGUUUUGUUUUGUUAACAAAUGUAUUGAAUCUUGUUUUUCUAAGAUAUAUGUGGUCCACAUGAUACUUUUCUGUGAAUGUGAGGAUCAGAAAAAAAGACUAUUUUCAAUUAUUUUUUUUAACAAAAUGGCCUGUAAUUGUGGUUUAUCGUCACAGAUAAUACAGUGACAGAAAUAACUGUGUUGGAUUUAAAUCUGGUUGUUCAUUUUUAGUUUGUCAUUCUGCUUAUGUAUUUCUCUGAGAUGUAAAGUGAAAUAAGUUUUACAACAUGCACAAAGCCCAGAGAAAAAACUACCCACAGCGUGUUAAUAAAAAAUAGUAUUUAAUCUUGUAGUUAAUUAACAAACAGUUGAAAUGUAAAUAUAAUUGUUCAGUGAUAUUCCUUAAACCGUGAUAUGGUGUGGUGGUGCUUUUUGUUUGCACUUUUCAAAAGUAUAGGUACAUCUGAACUACCUUUACCUGAAAUUAAUAUACAUAAGUAUUGAAGCUUAAAAAUCAUAAAAUGUCACAGUGGCUUUUGUCCCAAAGUAGUUCCUAAAAGUCUGUCUCGAAGUGAUGUCUUAAAAUACAGAAGCUGCUUGCACACCUAUGUAUCUCAAUUUCCAUUUCAUUUUUUUUCUUUUUUUAAAUAAAGUCAGUACUGACCUAAA